AGACUCCGCAAAACUUACAACUCCAGUCGACUGCAGGAAAGGCAUUCAGCGUCAGCUGCUCAUAGUCCCAAUGUCUACAACAGAAAUGGAGGUUGUUGCUGACGUCCAUCACGCUUCCAAAUCGGACGACCAACCAGCAAGCGUCACCGAGGACACAGAGAAGUCGCCAGCAGACGAACAGAAGCAACCCAACGGCACUGCUCCGCCAACUUCCGACGGAACAGACGUCGAGACAACCAAUCAAAUCGCACACGAGCACGACACGCACUCGGAGCCUGCAGACGAGCCUCCAGAACAAGAGCAGCAAGAGCAGCAAGAGCAGAAACCCGAAACGCAGCCGGACACGUCACGAGCAACGCAAAUGCCAGUGGAAAGAAACUCGCAACCGUUGACAUUCGACACGCCGGCGUUGCCGGUUCGCAGCGUCGUUGUCUUUCUGGACCGUGCGGAGGUGGCACGGACGGUGAGAGGAGACGUGAGGGAGGGAGAGAAUGAGGUUAUCCUCAAGAAUCUUUCACCGGCCAUCGACAGAGACUCGAUUCGUGUUGAGGGUAGUGGUCAUGCUACGAUCACUGAAGUGGCAUUUCAGAUCAAAACUAUUAGCUCAACGGAUGACGAUGGUAACGCUCAUGACCCAGACAGUGUGAGACGACUGAGAAGCAGACUGAACGAGCUGAAAAAAGAACGAGUGGGCGUGUCUGACACAUUGGCGAGAGUAAAGCAACAACGAAAAGUGCUGAACCAAUUUCCGGAUAGAAUAGUGGAGCAGGCAGCAGGUAAACACUUGGCCGAGUUGGUUAGCGAUUCUGCACUGGAAGGGAUUGAGCGUUUCUUCACCAUGUUUGAAGAGCAGUCUGUUGAGCUGGACGAGUACAAGAUGCGAACGGAGAACAAGUUAAACAAGCUGGAUAUAGAGAUACAAAGGAUUAAGAAGGAUCUGGAAGGAAUGAAGGCAAAGCCGGAGGAUGCCGUUACUGAGUUGAGGGAGUUGUCGAUUCUAUUGGAUUCCAAGCAAAGUGGGGAGAUUGAAUUACAUGUCUCGUACGUUGUGGCUGAUGCCAGUUGGAGUCCGAAGUAUGAUGUUAGGGUUGAGAGUGAAACAAGGAAAAUGAAGAUUGACUACUUUGGAAUGAUUCAACAGUCAACAGGAGAAGACUGGCAUGAUGCCAAGGUUGCUCUUUCAACUGCCAUGCCGAGUGUAGGUGGUCAGGCACCCGAGUUAACUAGCAAGUACCUCUAUCUUGUCAACGAACAUACAGCAUCAAAGAAGUCACCAAGCAAAUUCAAGGGUGCUACCUUCUUCCGUGCUCCAAGCUUCCGGAGAAAGAAGAAGUCAAAGGCAACAGCUCAAGUGCAAGAAAAGGAAGUAGAAUCGGAAGAGGAAGGUGAAGCUUUGGGAACUCCUGAGACUAUUGCUGAAGGAGUUACCUCAACUACUUACGAAAUCACAAACCCGACGAACAUUCCAGCUGAUAAUUCGGCACAUAAGGUGUGUGUUGCCUCUGUGAAUCUCCAUCCCGACUUUGAAUAUGAAGCCGUUCCAAAACUAGCCGCUCACGCAUUCCUAAAAGCCAAGACCAAGAACGAUUCACCGUACGCUUUCCUUGAAGGUCCUGCCAACAUCUUCUUGGACAACAACUUUGUCACUACAUCGUCUUUGUCUCAAGUGAGUCCGUCUGAAGAGUUUGAGUGUUUCUUGGGUGUUGAUGCUGCUGUUCGUGUUACAUUUACUCCACUUCGACGUUACCAAGAACAAGGAGGCUUCGUAUCCAAAACAAGAAUCAUUACAUUCAAUCAUCAAAUCGAGAUCACGAACAAUCGUCAAGAUGAAUGUAAAAUCAAGGUUACCGACCAGCUGCCUCGCAGCACUGAAGAGAAGAUCAAGGUGAGACGAUCUGAACCCGAGAUUCCUAAAGCCGAGCAGGGACAGCAGCCUAAUCCGAGGAUCAACGCUGCCAAUAAUAUCGAAUGGAUGCUGAGUAUCCCACCGAGUGAGAAACGUGAGCUAACCGUUCGAUACACCAUUGAAUAUCCGAGAGGAGCUACAGUUGAAGGGCUGAACUGACCACGUUUGUUUAGUAGUGUGAUUUGAACCGAAUAGAAUGAGCCUGUGACACGUUGAGAUUGUGACACAUUUUGAGGUUGCAGUGCGGUAAAUGGAAAAAUUAAAUCAA